CGUUUGGAAUGCUCCGCGCUAUGACAUCACCCAACAUGGCGUCUCGACAGAGCAGAGAAAUGUCGUCCCAGCGGUCUAGCCUGCUUCGGCGGGGAAUUCCUCCUCCCCUGUCCCUCCAGGCCCACCAGGGAGACACCGAGGGUCUCCAGAACCCCGCCACGGGGAUGGACUCGCCCAGCCUGGGCAGCUCAGCGAUGCUGCACGACCAGAGGAGGAGCGCGAUGCUGUCGGACGCCGCGCGGGAGUUCUCCUCAGGUGACCCCGAGGGCCACGCGCUGUCCCCGAUCGACCUGGCCUCCCACAGCCUUCCCCAGUUCUCCCCAACUAUGGAGCACUCCAUGGACAUGGGGCAGACGUCGCUGUUCCCGUCCUUAGACAGCGUGACAAGGUUCGUGGGCUUGGAGCAGAUGGAGGGACAGGGCGCGACCGAGGAGUCCGAAAAAAUGGCACCUUCUUGGUCAGAACCGGAGAAUCCUCAGCCGCCCGCGCCUGAAAAGUUGCAGGAGGUGAAGCCGACUGUAAAAUCUUCUCCACGACAUCCUACGAAGAAGAAGCAGACUGAGAGAGCGAGGACGCCGGCGAAGGAGGUCGUUAAGGUGAAAACAGAGCCAGUGAACGAUCCUUAUGCUUUUGAAGACGAGCCCACAACUGUGGAGAGCUUUAGUCCUAAAGUUGCAGUGGCUCCGCCCCCUGCCUCCCUCCCUCCCGCUAUUCCUUACCCGUUCUCAGCCAUGCUACAGAGCCACGACACGCAGCACUUCCAGCAGCCCAUGCCGUCCGCAUCGGUGGCACCGAAGAAGAAAAAGAAGAGCAGCGGCACCAAGCAUACGCAACAGUACGACAACGAAAAGUACAAGAGGAAAUACCAGCUGCUGAAAAGAACUGUGAAGAACAUGGUGUUUGAGAAUGCAGCACUCUGCGACGAGGUGUCGCAGAUGGAUGAACGCAUCGCAAAGGCUAAAGAGGAGAGGAAGGCUUUGCUGAAGAGGUUGUUUCAGCAUCAAGCCCUGACAGAAGUGGCCCAAAUCUCCAUGGUUUCCCCUCAGCACCCCUUGCCAGGUCAUUCAAGUGUUCCUUCGCUUGGUAAACCUGCUUUGCUGGACACAGCCACACCUAGUACAGCCAAGGUGCCAUCUAGUAGUAGCAGUGGUAAAGGCAAGGGAAAGGAUACUGGCAAGGGAGCCAAAGGGAAAGAGAAAGACUCCACCAAACCAGCGGCAAGCAGUAGUGCAAAGAAGAAGAAGGACUCUGCGAAAAGGGUUGUGCGACCGAUUCCACUCGACCCCACGGGAAGACCGAUCUUCCCCGUGACCCUAGGAGAACUGACAGUGUACAGCUUGGGGGAUGUUGUUGUGGACAGGGCAGACUUUCAUAACGAGAAGUUCAUCUGGCCUGUGGGUUUCUGUAGCACCCGUGUGUUCGCCAGCACCAGAAACCCACACCAGAGAUGUCUGUACACGUGCAAGAUUUCUGACGGCGGCGGCGGACCAAAGUUCGAGAUAUCACCUGAAGACGACCCAGAGUUAACCAUAGUGGGUUCAUCUGCAGACGAGUGCCACAGACAACUACUGAACGCUCUCACGGAUAUCCUGGGAAAGGAUCCAUUUAGCAAGGACGACAUUUGUGGGUCAGACUUCUUUGGUUUCUCCAACCCCACCAUUCAGAACCUGAUCCAGAGCUGCCCUGGUGCGCGGAAGUGCACCAAGUACAAGUGGGUGAAGUUCGACGCCUGCCGGUCGAGUAAAACAGACACUGAUGGAGAGGAAGAGGACCUCACUCUUAGUUUCACAGCCUUACAGAAGGCUUGGGGACUGAGGGGGGAUGAGCAGUCCCCUGCAAGAGGCCACGGCACAAUGGACCCUAACACUAGCUUGAGAUCCCUGCUGACCUCAAAUGUGCCACUAGUGACCAUGGGGAUAGCUGGGGGGAUGCCGAGCAUAUCUGGCCAUGAUGGCAUGUAGAUACAUGUACAUAUAUUAUUAUAUGUAUAUAAAAGCUGUAUACUUGUAGCUGUACUACUAGUACUACUUGAAGUUACAUGUAUAAUGCUAAUAUGACUUGUAUCUUCUCGAUGUGACUUGCAAUCAAAACCAAUGGGAUUGCUAAAUGUUAUACAGUGAGUAUCAAUUAUUGUAUACAUCAUAUUACCUUAUUCCUUGUAAAGGCAUAUUUGAAACUGGCAUACCCAAUGUUACAGUGUAGUGUUAUGAUUGUGAACUUGAGACGAGUAGACCUAUGUCAGAUUCUGUGAUGCUGUAUGGCAGCAGUUUUUUGUGUCCCAGCGGGCAUGAAUAAACAAUAAAUCGUUGCUACAUGAGUAAA